GACCGCAGAGACUGGCUGCUGGACAACGCUCUGGGAAGAUGGCUGACUAAGAGACAGAUUGUCCUCUCAAACCUGACUUUGCUCAAAGUGCUGCUGUGGCUGGUGCUGCUCGGUCUGUUUGUUGAACUGGAGUUUGGCCUGCCAUUCUUCGUCAUUUCGCUCUUCUACUGGCUCUAUGAGGGACUCCGUAGCCCGGCUGCCCGCGAGCCCGGAGAACUGAGCGCUUAUUCUGUCUUCAAUCCAGACUGUCAGCCUCUGCUGGGCACCCUCACUGCGGAGCAGCUGGAGGGAGAGAUGGGUUACAGACCCCUGGCUAACAGAUGAAGCACCAGUGAUGUGCACAUUUACGUCAAAUAUUCACAUGUUUUUGUCCUUUCAAAAAUGUUUCUUGUCUCUAGGCCUUAAUAUCAAAAAUUACAAACAUCCUGAGAGUAAUUCAUUGCACAUUUUGCUUUGGCAUUGUCUUCUUUUCAUCUUUUUUUUUUAAAACAAAGUUAUUUUUGAGAAAAGAUUCAGGAAAUGGUUAUUCAAGACUUGCAAAGCAACUUAAUUAAUUCAUCCUUUGAAACCCGGAGGGACAUCACAUUUCUUUUCUUAAUUUUGGGAGAAAGAGGCAACAAGCAACUUGGUAAGAAAUGUCUCA